CACAGAUUUAUUGAUAUAUCCACAGUCACAACAUGUCAGAUCCAAGCUCAUUGAAUGGUACGUAUAUGAAUUGCGUUGUUUCGUGAUUUCUCCCUCUUGUUAUUGGCGUUUUGUACAAUUGGUCCGGAAGGUGAAGUGCCCUGAGUUGUCAACAUUGCCACUCAGGAAGAUGAGCACUUGUUCCACAUGAUUGUAUAUUUUUGUUCGUUUGUCAAAUUGACACCUAGAGUGACUGUACUAACACACGCAAUUCGUGUAGGUGGCUCCGUGGUAGCCAUGGUUGGUAAAGACUGUGUGGCAAUCGCAAGUGAUCUUCGUCUUGGACAACAGUCGCUUGGUCUUUCAAAUAAGUUUGAGAAAGUUUACCAGUAUGGUAAUGUGUUUCUUGGGCUAACAGGAUUAGCAACAGAUGCACAGACGCUUUCCGAGGUGUUUAGACAAAAGACAAAUUUGUACAAACUUAGAGAAGAGAGGGCCAUUGAACCAGAGUCGUUUGCCAAUUUGGUUUCAUCCACACUAUACCAAAAGAGAUUUGGUCCAUACUUCAUCGGCCCAGUGGUUGCUGGUAUAAAUUCCAUCACCGAGAAGCCAUUCAUCUGCGGAUUCGAUCUUAUUGGAUGUAUUGAUUUCGCUAAAGAUUUCAUUGUUAGCGGAACAGCAUCGGACCAGCUUUUUGGUAUGUGUGAAUCUUUGUACGAACCAGAUCUAGAGCCAGAAGAUCUGUUUGAAACCAUCUCGCAAGCGUUGCUGAAUGCAUGUGAUCGUGAUGCUCUCUCCGGAUGGGGUGCUGUUGUAUACGUCAUCACGAAAGAUAAAGUGGUCAAGAGGUAUCUCAAGUCACGCCAGGAUUAGAACGGAAAAUAAAACAAAUCGCCAGCAACAUCACGUAUGAAAACGAUACACGGUGUAGUCAACGCUAAGAAUGAUAUAUAAUUAUCUAUGUACACAAAUUACGUCCAUAUCGACAUGCUAUCCCACUCACUU